AUGGCAGCAACUAGUGUUUUUCCUAAUUGUCCACAAUAUCAGCAGGGUAAUCAACAAGUGAAGUAUGAUCCUAUGUCAUCUACUUAUAAUCCAGGAUGGAGAGAUCAUCCAAACCUAACAUAUGGAAAUAUUUCAGCGGCUCAGCAGCCUUUUCCACAGCAAAUUCAGAAUAAUAAUUUUUCAAGCAAUCAGAGACCACCAGGGUUUUACAACAACAUAGUUCCAAAUAGAAUACAACCAUUUCAGCAAUUCCAGCAACAUGUUCCACCAUUUCAGCAACCAAGAAAAUCUUUUCCCUUAACUCAAACUGAUUUUUCAGUACAAGAUAUGAAAGAGAUUAUGCAACAAAUGAUGCUCCAUCAACAACAACUUUCAUUGCAGUGGACUCAUUCAAUUGAGCAACAACAGAGGACUGAUGCAGCAUUACAGAAUAUUGAAAGACAAAAUGGGAAAAAUGUUUCUGAGAAUAAUCAGGAAGUGCAGAUUCCAGUGGUAGAACAGAAGCAAACAGAGAUCCAGUUACCAUUUCCUAAGAGAUUAGUACAACCUGGGAAGGGUAAAGUUGUUGAAAAGUCUAUAGAAUUUCUUGAGAUGAUGGAAAUUUUUAGUAAAGUAGAAGUAAACAUUCCUCUACUGAAAGCGAUUAAACACAUUCCGAAGUACACAAAAUUUCUGAAGGAUUUAUGUGUUAAUAAGAAGAAGCUUAAGGGUGAUGAGUUGAUUAGUGCAGGGGAAAGUGAUUCUGCAUUAUUUCAGGCUAUGCCACAAAAAUGCAGGGAUCCAGGAGUUUUUACUAUUUCGUGUAAAAUAGGAGAAAACAUUUUUGAAGAUGCUAUGGUGGAUCUUGGAGCAUUCAUUAAUGUGAUGCCGAAAUCAGUGUUUCAAGCUCUUGGAAUUGGUCCUCUUCAGCCAACAGGGGUUGUGAUCUAG